UUCCUAAUACAUUUUGCCAGUGGUUAUGUCCAAAGCUGUACUGGCCACUUUAUCUCUCUUAUGCAACAGGCUGGCAGUUCCUCUUCUACGAGGGCCGGGACGCUACGGGAACUGUUUGGAAUGCAGUCCUGCUUUUCCCUUCCUCGCCUGUGACCAGGCUUUAAAAUCAGCUUCAGAGAAAAGUCUACCACACCAAUCCAAGGAGCUGAAUAUACUUCAAGAAGAACACAGCGAGUACAUGAAUGCAGCUCCGUCUGAAUCUCAAGGGUUCUAAACCACUGAAGAACUAGUUUUGCUCAGUGCGGAUCCUCUGCCCCACGCUGGAAAUGAGAGAGGCCACCAUCCUCUUCCUCCGUGCCUGCCUCACACUGCUUGCCAUGCCCAUCUACAUACUAUCAUUCCUGGGCAUAUGGGAGCCGUUCUGUAGGAAAGUAUUUUUUCCUUUCUUCUUAGAGAAGUUAACUGCACUUCAGGAGAGGAAAACAAAGAAGCCAAAGCAGGAGCUAUUUCGUAAUCUCCCUGACUUCGGAAGCCCCUCAGGAGAGCUGAAGCUGCUGGAGAUCGGGACCGGCUGCGGUGCUAACUUCCAGUUCUACCCACCAGGCUGCAAAAUCACCUGCACCGACAUCAACCCCAACUUCCAGCAAAGCCUUUUGAGAAGCAUGAACAAGAACCAACACAUUUCCUACGAGCAGUUCCUCGUAGCUGCAGGAGAAGACCUGCACCAGGUGCCCAGUGGUUCCCUGGAUGCUGUCAUCUGCACCCUUGUCCUCUGCUCUGUGCACAAUGUGAACGGCACCCUGAAGGAAGCACUGCGAGUGCUCAGACCAGGAGGAGCUUUCUAUUUCUUAGAGCACGUGGCCGCUGAUCAUUCCAGCUGGAAGUAUUUUUGGCAGCAGAUCUGCUAUCCGACUUGGAAACUCAUCUUUGAUGGAUGCUGCCUAACAAGGGAGCUAUGGAAGAAUCUUGAAGAGGCCAACUUCUCAGAGCUGCACCUACAGCACAUCAGCAUCAAUCUUCCCUGGACUCCCAUUCAGCCUCACAUCAUUGGCUAUGCUGUGAAGUAACUCAGUGCCCUGCCAGUCCUUCUCCUCUGCACCCACAGAACUUCCUAGAAUCAACACAGCACAGGCUAAUCCCAACAUCCCAUUCAGGGAGCACAGUGAAGGAUUGUCAGGAAAACUUCUUUUUGUUAAUGGAGUUGCUCCUGAGGCAGAGUGAGGUUUAAAACUUUAUUUGAAUAAAGGGCGAUCCCCACCAGACACACCUUGUCCAAGGAUUCUCAAUCUGGUGCUGUAAUAAAGAAUACCUGCUUAAUAAUAUCAAAAUUGGCA